AUGAAGACCACUUCUCUAUUCAUUGCAUUUGCUACGGCUGCACUCGCCCAACAACACACGCUAUGUGAACAAUAUGGUUACUACGCCAGCGGCGCUUACAGUGUCAACAACAAUGUUUGGGGGAAGGAUUCUGGAACUGGCUCUCAGUGCCUUUACGUCAACUCCGUCUUGGAUUCAGGCAUCUCAUGGUCCACCACUUGGACCUGGUCCGGUGGUGCGAAUAAUGUGAAGAGCUACCCUAACUCGGGCUUGGUUAAUUUGAAGAAGCAGCCCGUCAGCGACAUCGGUAGCAUUCCCACUUCUGUGAAGUGGAGCUAUGACACCACCGAUAUCCGCGCCGACGUUGCGUAUGACCUUUUCACAGCAGCGGAUAUCAACCAUGAUCCCUCUAGUGGUGACUAUGAACUCAUGAUUUGGCUGGCUAGAUACGGCGAAGUCCAACCCAUAGGUUCCCAGAUUGGGACGGUCACUGUUGGGGGCGCCACCUGGGAGCUUUGGAAUGGCGCCAAUGGCUCGCAGAAGACGUACAGCUUUGUCGCUUCAAAUCCUGUUAAAUCUUGGAGCGGGGAUAUCAAGGCAUUUUUUGACUACCUGACUGAGAACCAAGGAUAUCCAGCCAAAACACAAAAUCUCAUCAGUACGUGA